CGCUGGGGGGCACAGGCGGGCUCAGCACCCAUGCAGGGGCAGCACUUGCCUCAGCUGACAGGACUGCUGAUGGCUCCACAGCAGUUGCCUCAAUUGCCCUGUAGCCCUGCAAGGCAAAGCUCUGGUGGCACAACACCAUUGCCCCCGCGCUGCCCCGCAGAGCUCAAAGCAGUCCCACGUGCUCUCCUGCCCGUGGAGAUACAGCUCAUGUCUGCACAGGCGCCGGUGCCAACAAGAGCCAAGCAGCAUGCCAAGGGACUGGCGGAUGGCGCCCCUCUGAAAGCCCAGCCGGAGCGGAGCAGGGCAGCCGUGCCAACAUACAAGAGGGUCUUGUGCCUAGAGGGGCGCAGCCAGGACGUGGCUCUGGUCAAGGCGACGGCGGCUGGCCCACCUGACCGUGCCCUCAUACAGAGGAGCAACCGUGAGCAAAUCUGCUGCCUUGAGUCCGGCCAGCCUCUCUCCAGGCAGGAGCAGUCAGAAACAGGCUCACAUACCUGCCCAGACCCCUCACGUGGAAAUGCACCCCCAGCCCUUCAUCUGAGAGAAGCUAUCAAUCACCUCACCUGGCGCCUCGCUGUCACAGCAAGGGCAGAGAUAAAGGCCCCGCCAAGCUCUGCAGGGCAUGUCAGGGCCCGAAGCCGCUGCCCACAGACCAACGCAUCUGCCUGUCCUUCAGCCUGGAGCACAGGCCCACCUCCCUCCCAGGCAGCUUCCCCCUCUGCCCACAGACAGGCAGCCCCUGCGAGCGAUCCCCUUCAGAAGUCCCCGGGCCCGAGCACGUGCUGGGGACAGCCCGGCAGCUGCCUUCAAAGAAACGCUCCAGCUCUCAGGAAAUGUGGGCAUGGGGCGAACCCACAACUGAGGCAGGGGAGAGGCACCCCCAGGACAGGUACCACUAGGGCCCCCAGCCUGCGGCCCCAGCCCCACGAGGCAACAGAACUCAGGGGACGGCGUGAAGGCGAAGAGUCAUCAGGUCUCAUCAGGUCAGGGCCACAGAGCCGGGAGGAUGCCAGGGCAAGCAGCAGACCUCCCGCAGCGAGGAGAUCCUUUCCCUGGGGCAGGGACGAGGAAACGUUGGUGGUUUCACAGCUCAGCAGCUGGAUGGGACCGGGAAGCCUGACACAGCACAGCGCUGCGGACCUGGGGCUGGGACAGGGAGCGGGCGGGAGCAAGGAAGCCUGGAGCAAGAGCUGCAGGAGACAACUGACUAAAAAUGGAAAGCGCCCAGCUCCGCGCUGCCAGGCCCCGCAGCCACGUCCAUUCAUCACCCGCUAAGCCAGACGCUGCACGGCUCAGCCCCCCGGGCCACAGCCAGCUGGGCUCCGUGGCACAGACGGGCGGCAGGGCCCCCCCCGCCCCCAGCCACGGCCCUCCCUGACCCCUGGCCCGGGGGACAUUGCUGCUCCCCAAGGCCUGUGCAGACAGGCCGUCUCGGUCUCAGGGAAAGGGACAGAGCAGGGGGGCAAAGCCCCAGACGCCAGCAACGCCAGGGCAGCCCAGCCGAGCACCGCAA